AUGCCCAGACCGAGAGGGAGACCGCGGGGAAGAGGAAGAGGGGCGUUGAUUGGGAGUGCGAGGGUUCGAGGCGGACCGAGAGGUAGGCCAAGGGGCAGAGGCAGAGGCAGAGGAGGGAGGGGUACAGGAGUUACGAUCAGGUUACCGAAGAGGAUUGGUGAGGACGGAGAGGAAGACGUGGUGGCUACACCAGGAGAAAUGGGGCCAGAAGAUUAUGGUACACCCGGAGCGGAUGGUAUGGUAGAGACUUACGGUGACUAUGGGGAGGUGUUGGGUGGAGGAAAACCGUUCAGGAAGAUUCAAGGCCAGGUGUAUAUCAUUGACGGAGACGAGUUUGUCACGGACGACGAUCCUAAGGGCGACGAGAAGAUUGAUAAGUGGGGAAAUCUUCUCGGAGGACGUAAAUUCAAAGCUCAGACCUUUACCCUCCCUAAACGACAUCCGGAGCGGAUGUACAUGCUCGCCAUCGAUGCAGCCCGCACGUCAGGCUUCCGUGAUUCCCUGUACUAUUUCCGACGCAAUCCACUCGCCUUCAAGUGUAAUGCCACACAGCCCGAGAAAGAAUAUCUCAUCGAGAUAGGCAAGCUCGGUUCGCAUCUACGUACACGCAGUGUCACCCUUAUCACCGCACGGAGCGCAUACAAGCUUCAUGGCGCUAAAAUGAUUCAGGAUGGUCGUUGGGUAGUCGAUGAUUACUUCGAAGAAAAAUCCCUCGCCGAAAUAACCGCCAAAGGCCUACAACCCGGAGACCUGGUGGGCGAACUCGUAGACCCUAAUGCCGCCGCCGCGGCAGCUGCUAGCGCUGCGGCAAACGACGCCUCCCUUGCCUCCCAGAAAGCAGAUCGGGGGUCCGGAAUGGGAAUGUAUCGUGCCGGAGGACCUACGACCAUUUUUGGUGGCUCUGGAUGGGGUCCAUAUAGCGACGGACCGCUCAACGCAGUGAGAAAGAGUUUGUUGAAUCGGGACGGGCUGAAUGAGGAGAAUUGGAUGCUUAUUGCUGCGCAGAGGACCAGUGAGGCGAGUGCAGCAUGGGCGAGGCAGAGGAAGGGGUUGUUGAGAGGUUUUGCUGGAUCGAUUGAAGGAACGCCGAGGACGGGAGUGUAUAAAGAUGGUGGAAGGGAGAAGAGAGAUGCGGAGGAACCAGGUGGUGCGGAGGAUAGGAAGAGACGGAAGGUUAGACAUGAAGCGGAAGUUGAGCCGCGGGGAGUUUACGAGCCACAUAACGCCGUAUAUCUCUACCGUGCAGAUACGCAACCUACGAGAAGUCGUUGGGAAGGAUUGCCCGACUCCACUGAGAAGCAUCAGGUCCUCGGUGGGUCGAAAGCGGGUGGAAAAGCUUGGGCUCUUGCUUGGGUGGACACUGUCAUGGAAAUACCACCAGAGCAGGAAGAUGAAGAUUCGGAGGCUGCCAGAGAGCGAGCACGAAUUCUUGCCUCUGUGUCUUCGUAG